ACGCAACACAAUAGCAUUUAUAGACGACUUUCAUCGUAGCAUGUGCUGUGUGCAGUCCUCAGACAUCUUAUGCAAAUUGACAGGCAAAAUAAUCAAAGUAUUGAUCCGCUUUUUCUAAAUGCUAUGAUUUUGGUGCAAUGAAAUCCGGCAUAUGGCUUUAUGCAGUUAAACCCUCUUUGGAGAUUCUUACUAGGAUGGGGAUGAGAGCUUUUUUGAAAAACAUCACAGAUUUUGUGUAAAAGUACAAUCUGUACAUUUGAGAAACACUUCUGGUUAUGCAGAUUGAAGUUGAAAGUCGACUGUUAAGUUGAUUUGCGCUUUUUGGAAAAGUUUUUGUAGUAAAAAAGAAUUUAAAAUGACAUUUAAUUUACUAAAUGGAAAAAUUGAAAUGGUGCUAAUAAGCAUUUAUUAAAUUGGAUGUGAUAAAUGCUUCUUUCUUUAGAAAACCUAUACUAAUGAAACAAAGGACCAUGUGGAGGUUUUGUUUGUUUUUAAUGUGGCAUGUUGCGGUUACAGCUGAUACAAAGUGGGGUGAAAAUUACUGGAAAGAAAAACUGCGUAAUUACAAUUCAAAAAAUGUGAAUAGAUAUAUAAAUUGGCGUGGUUGGUGGAAUGGUUUUGGACCAGGAGGCUAUAAUGGAUAUGCUCGUCCAGAAGGAAACCCAGAUUGUAGAGGCUGUAGUGGUUGCAAUGAAGCUGUUAAAGAUUCCACUAAAUUAAAAUGCACAGGCACAGACAUACAAAUCAACAACUAUGCCAUCACUGCAUUACAUGAAGAUGUAUUCCCUGAAAAAGCAAAAGUAAUAAAAAUACGAUUCACCAACAUUUCGAACAUCCAUCCAAAUGUUUUCAAAAAAUUGACGAAACUGGAGGAGUUGAGAAUAAUUGAAAGUCAACUGUAUGAAAUGCCAGAUUUAAGCACAUGUACCCAAUUAAAGAAGAUUGAUUUCUAUUCAAACAGCAUUCAUUUAUUUCGGCAUAAUUUUACAAAUCUUCCACAGUCUGUUGAAGAGCUGAUUUUGAUCAAAAACAGAAUUGACAAGAUACCACGCAGAUACUUUGACUUACCCAAGCUUAAAUUUUUGGGCCUUGGUCAAAACAAUAUGCGCUAUUUUCCUGGCAGUGCUUUCACAAAAGUACCAAACUUGCUUUAUGUGGGUGUCGAUGCCAACAGAAUAUCAAGUAUAUCAAAAAGAGAUCUGCAAGGAUUAAAAUCAGCAAAUACAUUUUACCAUCUAAAUAUGAGCAAUAACAUCAUUGAUUAUAUUGCACCAAGGGCUCUUAGUACUUUACCAAAGCUUGAAGUCUUAGAACUUUUUAACAACUCCAUCAAAACAGUACACAAGAAUGUUUUCUGGAAGAUCCAAAAUUUGCUUCACUUGGACUUGCAUCAUAACAACAUUGAAAUUUUAACGUCACAAUUUGUCACUUAUUGUGAAAAACUUAGAUGGCUGACCUUACACACACAGAAGGCUGGGAGUGAAAUGAAGGCUGUUUAUUUUGAUUCUAUGUACAAACUGAGUGAUUUGUCAGACUUGUUCCUUGGCAACAAUGCAUUGACAAAGUUUCCACAUCCCGUCUUUUCAGAGAAAUCUGUUACAGAGUAUUGGCCAAAUCUUCGGAACUUAUAUCUUGAUCGCAAUAGAAUAACAAAUUUACGGGAUUAUGCAUCAUCUGAUUUUCCACCAUAUUCACAAGUGUUCUAUCUGUCAAAAAAGGAUGAUUUCAAACCAUUUAAGUUCAUGACAGGGCUAAUAAAAAUAGAUAUUAGUUACAAUUUGAUGCAAGAAAUACAAGAAAAAGAUUUAGAACAUUGCAAUAAGCUCCAGUCAUUGGAUUUUGAUGGUAAUAGGUUACAAGAUAAUAAAAUUCAUGAAAACGCAUUUCAAAAUACAAGCAUUAAUACAUUAAAAUUGGCAAGUCAAAAUCCUGCUAUACAGUAUGUACCAAAGGCAUUACGAACAAAGGAGUUGAAAACACUAAAAAAUAUUCAUCUCGAGUCCAACAAAAUUACUUACAUACUGAAUGGUACAUUUGCAAAAUUACCUAAUUUAGAAAGAAUAUCUCUGUCACGAAACCGUAUCAUUGCUAUUGAAGAUGGUGCCUUUCCACAAAAUCUAAUUCAACUAUAUUUAGGUGGAAAUGAUUUUUAUUUCAAAAACGAAAAUCAAUUCAAAGGAUUGUCAAGGUUGAAAGAACUAGAACUUGAUUUCAACAAAAUUGAUAAAAUCCCAAAUGAAGCCUUUCAUGGAUUAGUGUCAUUGGAAGUUUUAAAGCUACAAUCAAAUAAAAUUGGUCGAAUACUGAAGACACAUUUUAAAGACAUGUCGAAGUUAAAAAUCAUCUACCUUCAAAGUAAUGAUUUGGCAUUUGUUGAAGAUGGAACAUUUGCACACAUGCGUGCACAUAAAAGUCAAAUCGAUACUAUAGAUUUAUCCAACAAUCAUUUAACAAGAAUUCCUCAUACAGAUUUUUGGAAUUUAAAGAUAAAGAGUUUAUUGCUUAAGAACAAUCGACUCAUGGAAAUACAAAGUAACGCGUUUGUUAACAUAUCACAGUCAUGUGAUAUAAUCAACCUUCACAUAAACAGAAUUGAACGGAUACGAGAAUAUGGCUUCAACAAUGUUGACUGUAAAAUGAUAAAUGUUGGUGGAAAGACAUUGACUACUCCAAGAGUACCUAAUAAUCGUGUAAAGGAAAUUGAAAGUCAUGCAUUUUAUGAUGUCAAAGUUAAUCAAAUAGAUUUGAGUUAUUUGCAGAUAAAAGUUUUACCUUCUUAUGCUUUUAAACUGAGAGGUUUAGGUGGAACACUAUAUAUUAACAAUGGGGAACUCCAGUCAAUUGAUACAUAUGCUUUUGAUCUUGGUGCAGUUGACGGAAACGUAGAUCUAUCUGUCAGCAAAAUAGUAUCACUGCGGAGUAGAAUUUUUGUCAACGGAACAAGUUUCAAAGAUUUGAACUUGUUUGAUAAUCAAAUUUCAGUUAUCAAUGACAAUGCAUUUGAAGGAGCAUCUAUGAGUGGAGUAUUAAAUCUUUAUAACAAUCAACUUAAAGUUUUUCCUGCUAAAGCACUUUCUGUGUUUACCAAAGUACAGAAAAUCAAUUUACAUCGUAAUAAAAUCGAAGCUUUGAAAUCCGGCAGUUUAGAUGCAUUUACCGAGUUACGUGAAAUAAUUUUAAAGGAUAACAAAAUUAAGAUAUUGGAAAAUGGAAUCUUCAAAAACAACCCAAAGCUACAGAGAGUAUAUUUAGAAACCAAUUUAAUUCAUACAAUACAAAAUAAAGUUUUUUCUGUCAAUGGGCAUGAUUUGAUUCACUUGUAUAUGCAUGCGAAUCCACUCAAUCAUCUACCUCAGAUACAAACAAAUAUGCCGAAAUUGACUGAGUUCCGUGUCAGCAAUGUUAAAACUGUUGCUAAGGAUGUGUUUGGAUCCAACCUUCCAAAUUUACGAGUACUUAAACUCGACACUAGAAAAUUGCAAUGUGACUGUCAUUUUUUUGAAUCAAUUUGGGCGUAUAUAACUAGCAGUCCGCGAGGUGGUUCACCGACUAUUAAUGCAGACAUUUGGUGUGCUGCACCAAAAGCUUUGGAAAGAUUUGGACAGUUUUCAAACAUAGCAGAAUUGCAAAGAAAAAAAAGUCACUUUAUUUGCACUCCAUACAAUAUGGUUGUAUCAGCACCAGCAGAUUACACCAUUCAAAUCGAUUACACAUAUCCAAAGACAUAUGUAGCUGGUGGUAGCAACAUUAACGUAGCAACAAAUAAGAUAUACUUUGAAGCUACUUGUGCAUUAGAAGAUGGGACCGGCACAGUAUUAAAAGGUGCGGUUGAAAAUAAAAAGCAAAUAAUUAUUUCUGGUGAAGAUGUUGUAGCUGGACGUACUUACAAGUGCUUUGUUGUCAUGACAUUUACCCAGUCAACAGGUGUCAACAUUACAAGUGCCCAAACUGAAAGUGUUUCCGUGACAACACUUGCAAAAAAAGAGAAAGAAACACUUUGUGCCAGUGGUGAUCCAUAUGAAUGUCAAUUGCUGACCACACACACAGCAUGUGUGACUGGGUGCGAUGCUGUGGCGUCAAAUGUUAUCAAACCAGGAUCAUGUGAUAGUGGUGGCUGCUGCACAAGUUGCUACAAGAGCUGCAUUAAAUGCAAUGAUACUAUUGAUGAAACGUUGAAAGUUGAAGUGAGAUAUUAUGAUUUUUCGGUGGAUUCAGCAGAUUUUAGUGCUGAUGUGUACAAACCUGAUGAUUGUUGUCCAAUAUACAUACCCAGUCCUUAUGAAUCAUGGUUGGCACGCCGCAACUCACCUGAUCCGAAGUCUGACCCACAAAGUGAUUGGUUUAGAGAUACUACUCGAAAUGAAAUCAAAGAUAAACUGAUUACUUUAUCAUCAGAAAAAGGUGUAAGAGAUCCUCUUAACAAUGAAAAGAUCUUCACAUUCUGGAAUGACCAGUACUGGCCAAUGAAUGGGGAAGGCUAUAAAGAAGAAGGCCAACGAAAUUGUGAAUCUGAAUUGAUUAAUUUAGGAUUUACAAGUGCUAUUCGUACGGGGUUCACAUUUACUGGCAAAGAACACUUUCAGUUUGCUGGUGGUGAAGACUUGUGGGUUUACAUUAAUAAAGUCUUGAUUAUUCAUAUCGUUAACUCGAUUAAUGACACAAAAAGGGACACAACUCAUAUUGCAUGUAAAACAUUCCAGCUUAUAAAUGCAACAGGGACCGGUGGUUAUAUUCUUCCAAGUGUUGGCUCUGUUGAUCGCAAGACGAAAAGUUGUGUUGUUGAAAAAGAAUUGCCUGAAGAAAAAAUAUAUUUAAAUUUAAAGGUUGACAUUAAUUAUGGACUGGAAAUAUUCCACGUUGAAAGAUUUUUGUGUCGCUCCGAAUUUUUAUUCCGAGCAAGUGGUGUAAAUUUUAUUACUCCUGAAGAAUUAAAAACGACGAAGCCUAAAGUGGACUAUCUUGCAUAUGCAGGAGAAGAUCUUUACACAAAAGCCAUCAUUGCAGAUAUUUUGAUAACUGAUCAGCAUAGUUCAGAGGCACCAUAUACUGUUACAAUUGAGAGCGGUAAUGAAGAAGAGCGCUUUACAAUACAACAAAAUAUAACAGCUGUGCAUGAAGCUGCACGUGUUGCAAAAUCUAUUCCACCCGUUCGUGUUUACAAGAAUGUGACAUUACAUGGAGAAGCAAUUAUUAUUUGCCCUAACUCAACAAACUCCUCAUCUUCUGGAAUUAAGAAAACAAAAUUUGGUCCACAAGUUUUUUCAGAUAUACAUACCUCAUCGGUGUUACUAACGUUGCAGCGCAACUUGGAUUAUGAAUCUACGCAAGAUUAUCUUCUUCGAAUCACAGUUAGAGAUGCUAAAGGUAACCAAGGCAAUAUCACUGUUAAGAUUUUGAUAGAAGACAAAAGUGACAAUUGUCCGAUAAUGAGGUUUAAACCUAAAGUAUCCAUUAAUCCUGUUCCCCCAUUAAAAGUGGAGCCAUUUUUAAUUGUGGAAGCUGACGAUGCUGAUAGUGGAGAUAAUGGACGAGUUUCAUAUGUUGUUAGUGAAGUCAUUUCACAAGUUCCAAAAGUUACUUACAAAACGUAUACAAUAAAUAAUAAAACAGUUUACGAAAACUCUACAACAUCAUGGACAAUAACAGUAAACAUAUUCGCCGUCGAUAAUGGUGAUCCGAAACGCGGUGAUUACUUCCCUGUUAGUGUCACAUAUAAACCUUCAUGCCAUACAAGAGCAAAGAUUAUUGUAAACGAAACAUCUGGUGCUGUGUCUUUUGUUGCGCCUGCUAUGACAAUCUAUAAUGAAUCAAAAUUUCGCUAUGGAAAGAAAGAUUGCUAUGAAUGCACAGCUGGUUACUUUUGUCCUGGUGAUGGAAGAGAAUUGUCAUGUGUACAAAAUGAACAAACUAAAUAUUAUUAUUCAUAUGGUUUCUCAACGGAGUGUUCAAGAUGUACUGAAGGAUCGUUGUGUCAUAAUGGGUUGAUUUCAAAAUGCGCACCGAACACACAUGUUAAAUGCAAUGACACAUGGUGUCCUGAUAAGUGUUUUCCGUGCCCGCCUGGUACAUAUUGUUAUGAGGGAGUUCGUUAUGAUUGUCAACCUGGAACCUGGAGUGAUGGGAAAGGACCAUGCAGACUGUGUCAACCGGGUAGCUACUCUAACACUACACAAGCUACGAAAUGCGAAUGUUGUGCAGCCGGUUAUGAAAAUACUGAGAUGAAGGUUGGCUGUGAAAGAUGUGAACAGCAAGAGUACUCACCAGGAACUUGCAGCAUAUGCAAAUCAUGUUGGCCACCUGGAAAAUGCGCAUGUGACAGGAACCCAUGUUUCCGUGGUGUAUUGUGCCAUAACGUAGGUUCGACUGGUUCGUCAUAUAAAUGCGAUGACUGUCCAGAUGGGUACUCAGGUGACGGCAAAACAUGCGUGGAUAUCAAUGAGUGUACUGUUGCGGAUCCUUGUGCAGAGAAAUGCAUUAAUCUCUCUCCUGGUUUUCGCUGCGCUGGAUGUAAACCAGGUUAUUCCGGAAAUGCUCCAGCUGGUGUCGGAUUAAAAGCUGCACGCGCAAAUAAACAAAUUUGCCAGGAUGUAAACGAAUGUGAGAGUGGAGAACAUUUAUGUGAUCCGAAUGCUUAUUGCCACAACUCACUCGGUAGUUACACAUGUGGCAAGUGUAAACCGGGUUUUGUUGGUGAUGGUUACAGGGGAUGCAUACUAGGCGAUUAUUGUGCAAUUGGAAAACAUGAUUGUCAUUCGAACGCUACUUGUAUACCUCUUGGCACAGAAAAGUUUCAUUGCAAGUGCAAAGAUGGUUUUGCAGGUGACGGAAAGGCGUGUGAGGUUGAUCAUGAUUAUGACGGUAUCAGUUCGUUUGGAGCUGCUUGUUCUGGAGCUGAAUGCGAGGAGGAUAAUUGCAAGUAUACACCUAACGGUGGUCAAGAAGAUACUGAUCAUGAUUCAUUAGGUGAUGUGUGUGAUGAUGAUGACGAUGAUGACAACAUAAAAGAUGUGGAAGACAAUUGUCCAUUUGUGACGUCCAGAUCAAACAAAGGUGACGUUGAUAAUGAUACUGUGGGUGAUGCGUGCGACAACUGCGUGUCUGUCGCAAACCCUGAUCAAUCGGAUAUUGAUGGCGAUAAAAACGGUGAUGCUUGCGAUGAUGACAUUGACGGCGAUGGUAUACUAAACGCACGUGACAAUUGUGCAUACGUCAGCAAUAAAGAUCAGGCAGAUGUAGAUGGUGAUGGUAAAGGUGAUGCUUGUGAUAAUUGCUAUAAAGAUCCCAAUGCUGAUCAGAGAGAUGACGAUGAAAGUGGGUUUGGUAAUGUGUGUGAAGGGGCUGGAAAGGAUUCUGAUGGUGAUGGAAUACCCAAUGACUAUGACAACUGUCCCUUGACACCUAAUGCUGACCAAUCAGAUAAAGACAAGGAUGGGAAGGGCGAUUUAUGUGAUUCUGACAAAGAUGACGAUGGUGUUGAAGAUGAAAGUGAUAAUUGUGUAUACGUCAGCAAUCCUGGACAAGAGCAUACUGUAAAUUAUGACAUGUCGUCCCAAGAAGUUGGAACAGCUUGUGUCGAUGAUUAUGACAAUGACGGCGUUGAAGAUCGAUAUGACGUGUGUCCUUACACGUCAAACAUUAAAACAACGUCGUUUAAAAAGCAUACAGUGGUUGAUCUUGCUGGAGUCUCUUCAGUGGAACCAAAACCAAGAUGGCGGAUUACAAACAAUGGAAAAGAUAUUGAACAGUUGCAGAAGACGCUUCGUCCUUCAAUGCUUAUAGGUGAUCAGCGUUACAGCGAAGUGGAGUACUCAGGAGUUCUGCAUGUAAACAGUAAAGAAGGAAUCGAUUAUCUCGGCGUAGUGUUUGGUUACCAAAGUAGUAAACGUUUUUUACUUGUGUUGUGGAGACAUGAAAACAUUAAUCUUCUCAACAAUACUUAUAAAGCUGGUAUCAAAGGGAUUCAAAUCAAGUUGGUGAAUUCAAAAACUGGUCCAAGCGAAGCAUUAGCAUAUUCAUUGUGGCAUUCUCAAAGUACAACCGAUAACGAGGUUAAACUCUUAUGGCACGAUCCUGAAAUGAAAGGCUGGUUGCAUCGAACACCGUACAUCUUUAAAAUUGAAUUUCGACCUUCUAUUGGUAGGAUCAGAUUGCAGAUAAAGCAAGGUAUUGAAGUGAUUACAGAUUCUGGUUAUAUUUACGAAACAUUAAUCACCGGUGGAAAACUUGGUGUGUACACGCAUGGACAGUGGAACACUAUCUGGUCAAGAUUAGAAGCAACCUGUUUGCAAAGUUUGAACAAAGCUUUACUGUUUGACGGUAACAGCAGUUGUGCAAUGCUUCCGACGUUGAAAUCUUUAAACAUCGUAUCGAGCUUCAUCCUUGGUAUCUGGAUCAAACUUCCGUCAGACUUUGCGUCAACUGAUGACUUCCCUCUUAUAUGCACCAUGGAUCGUUCUGUUUGUUUGUACAUUAAAAACAAAAAAAUUGAAGGGAAAAUCGGUGAACUAACAGUGAGUGGAGGGAGUUUAUCUGGAAAUGUUUGGUACAGUAUUUUUAUGAGAUACGAUGCGCAAGAUCGUGGUUUGCAGUUAUUUGUAAAUGGCGUUUCAGUGGGCAAGGUGGACAUGCCAAAGCUGACAUUGAAUCUGAAUGAAAGAUUAUAUGUGGGUUGUGAUGGUAGCACCUACUAUAGGGGUGUGGUCGAUGAGAUUUCAAUAUGGCGCGUGUAUGUAACAGACGACGAGUUGAAGAAAUACGUCAAACUUCCUGGUUUGACGUGGCAGAAACACAAACAUCUUAUUGCUGCCCACUACUCCUUCGAUCAACAAAAUGGCAAUACUCUUGUUGACACCAGUGAAUACCGUAACCAUGGAAACGUGACUGAUGCAUUGUUUGUGCAGAGCUCAUUGAACGACAAAAGAUUUGUGCUGGCUCACCCGAAUAAUUUUUAAAGAAGUUUUGUUAUUUCAUAAAUUUUGUUUUUAAAAUACGGAAAUAAUAACAAGAUGAGAUACCCUUGAUUACUAAUUAAUUAAGUAAAAUAAAAUAAAAAUCCGAAAUUAACAAUUGGGAGAGGACGAUUAUUUGGUACUAUGGAGCAAAAAAAUUUGUUGAAAAAAAAAAUUAUUUGAUUUUUAAUACAUUUGAAAGAAAAUCACAAACGCGGCUUCCGUUUUUAUUGCAGAGCCAUUCUUUUGAAUAACUGAUCACAUUUUUCUGAUUUUAAUCGAUUUUUUUUGCGUUAGUUACAGUCACUGGAUGACCUGUGUAUAUUGUAAAACAUAUUUAUUAAAUGCCUUGGAGAUGCGCAAUAUUUUUUAGUUGACAGUAUCAGUGCACUUAAUCUGAGAAACAAUGCAAGAAAAGUUUUUGUGUGUUUUGCGAUUUUAGGCUUUUUUCUAGAAAAUAAUCUUGCGUUUCAGAUUUUUUGAUUCAAAAAAGACUUCGCGACUUAGCAUCUUGCAAAAAUUCCUCUCACAUUGUUUUUCUCCGCAUGCACGCUUCUCUUUACAAACACGUCAAAAGCUGAUUCUCAAUGAAGCUAAAGUCUUUUUAUUUUACAGGCACAACUGUUUCUCACUUCUCGGUUGGAAAUUUUUCUGUGUACUUAAUUAGGCCAGUCCGACAAUUAUAACCCAACCUCAGAUGUCUCGACUUGGAAGAAAAAGAAAGCUUCAUUGUUUUUCUUUUUUUUGUUUUGUCUUUUGUCUUUUCUUUUUUAUUUCCUUCAUACUAGGUUGCUUACUAACUGCUUCUGUUUUAAAAGGAUUUUAGCUUCAUGUUGCCUAAAAGAAAGUGCGGAAUAUGCUGUUUGUUGGUUUGUUUGUUUGAUUUUUGGUCACAACCUGUGACGUAGAUAAAAGAAUCAACUUUCGUAAAACUAUAAUUUGGGAGAAUAUUUCGUGUUAAAUUACACUGUGUUAAAAUUAUAAAUAUCGAGACUAUAAUAUAUUUUCUUUUAAAUAAAAAUAUAAAUUUGUAUCUUCUCGUAUAUAUAGAGUUAUAAAUAUAUUUAUUUUUGUAAACUAAAGAUUUUAAUAUGAUUAUUUGAUUUUAGUAGAGAACAAUAUUGUUA